AAAGAAACCCCAAACGCUAUCGUCGGUUGAUGAAUGGUGAUUCUUCUUAUUCUAUAGUGAUUAUCAGAAAGAGCUGAAUUGCAACGCUAUUUCAGUUUUUAGUUCACUUUUAUCCCUGUAAACCACCCUUAAACUCUAGAAAAUGGAGGAUUUAUAUGAUCCCGAAGAAAAAAUCUUAUGCCCAUACAACAAGUCACACCACAUCAGAAGAUGCAAAAUGGCCUUUCAUUUGGUUAAAUGCAAGAAAAAUUACGGGGAGCAGAAAAUGGUUCCUUGCGAUUUUAACGCUACCCAUAUGAUUCCAGAACCCGAAUUACGCUAUCAUCAUCAAAUUUGUUCUGACCGGAAAUCCGUAGAGGCCCCAAUCGUGGCGACCCAGAAGAGGACAGACCGAUUCCCCAUUCCGAAAAUCGACGUGGCUGUGGAAGAAAGUUGGGAUGAUUUGGAUGUGCCCACGUAUGACCCAAAAGCGUAUACAGAGAAAAGUAACGUGCUUCGUCACCUUGAUGUUGAGUCGAGUGCGAAAAGAAGAGAAUUUCGUCUCAAUGAACGUGCAAGACUUAAUCAAUUAGAUGAUAAUACUCCAACUCAAUCUCAAACGUACUCUGUGCCGCUACCACAGCAUCGCCCUGCCACCAACAUUACAGAAAAUAGAAGAAUCAACAUCCAAGAGAGAAUUAGUGCCCAAGGAAAAAAACCGUUUCUGCAAUUUACUAAAAACGAGUAAUUUUUACCCUUGAAAUUUGCAGUGUUUAGGGUUUAUAUUUUUUAUAUCUAUUAGACAUAAGACAUAAGAUUUUUAUAUCUGUUUUAUUUUUAAGACUAAUUUAAGGUUUGAAAAAAAAAAGUGUACUUUUAGGGAUUUUUGUUACCCGCACGUUGUUACCACCACCACUUGUCAUAUAUUUUCUUGAGUUGUUUUUUAUUUGUGUUCAAUUUGUUUUUAUAAUUUGUUUAAUUUCUUGUUUUUUUGUGAAAAAAUGGAAGAUUUGUACGAGUAAGUAUUCGUUUACUAAUGUUUCCAAGUGUCAUUAAACGAUUAAAUUGA